ACCCAAGAAAUAAGACGGAUAUACAGGGCUUAUGUAACUUCAUGCACAUCGUUAAAUACACCACCACCCUUGAGAAAUACCCUUGUGAUCAUACGCAAGUGUACGAUAACCCUCCUUUUGCCACUGUUUUUUUUCCGUUUCCCUCUUUCUGCGUUUCUUUGCGUCACUCACUGAAUUCGCACCUCGUAGCCGGCACUGCCGGUUGGCCGUUUUCAUUUCCGCAUCUUCGCAGAGCCGGCCUCCUUUUCCCUCUCAGCGUCUGGAAGAAGAAGGCUGGCAAUCAAAAGUGAGGAAGAGUGUGCCUUGCAGCAAUGUCAGGGGAUGCAGCUCCAGUACUGGAGCAGGUAAACAGCAACGGUUGCAACCAAGAAAACAAACCUUCAAAUCAACGAUUCUCGGAGAAAAAGUGCUCAUGGGCCUCUUAUAUGACCAAUUCCCCUACUCUGAUUGUAAUGAUUGGCCUCCCUGCAAGAGGCAAGACCUACAUGUCCAAGAAAUUAACUCGCUACCUCAACUGGAUUGGAGUGCCUACAAAAGUAUUUAACUUAGGAGUCUACCGCCGUGAAGCAGUACAAUCGUACAAGUCAUAUGAUUUCUUCAGGCAUGAUAAUGAAGAAGCCAUGAAGAUUCGAAAACAAUGUGCCUUGGUGGCCCUUGAAGAUGUGAAAGUUUAUCUCAUGGAGGAGUCUGGCCAGAUAGCUGUCUUUGAUGGAACUAACACAACUCGGGAGAGGCGGGACAUGAUUUUGACCUUUGCUAAAGAAUAUUCUUUCAAGGUGUUUUUUGUGGAGUCUGUCUGUGACGAUCCAGAGGUCAUUGCUGCCAAUAUAUUGGAAGUGAAGGUUUCCAGCCCUGACUACCCAGAGAGAAACCGAGAGAACGUGAUGGAUGAUUUCCUAAAGCGAAUAGAAUGCUAUAAAGUCACCUAUCAGCCUCUUGAUCCAGUUAAUUAUGACAAAGACCGUUCUUUCAUUAAAGUGAUCAACGUAGGGCAGCGCUUCCAUGUCAACAGAGUCCAAGAUUACAUCCAAAGUAAAAUUGUCUAUUACCUUAUGAAUAUCCAUGUUCAGCCACGCACCAUCUAUCUCUGUAGACAUGGUGAGAGUGAGUGCAACCUGGUUAGCAAGAUUGGUGGGGAUUCAGGCCUGUCAGCGCGAGGGAAGCAGUUUGCACAAGCAUUGAAAAACUUCAUCAAGGAGCAGAAGAUUGCGGAUCUGAAGGUCUGGACAAGCCAAUUGAAAAGAACUAUCCAGACAGCAGAGGCCCUGAGAGUCCCAUAUGAGCAGUGGAAGAUACUGAACGAGAUUGAUGCUGGAGUAUGUGAAGAAAUGACCUAUGAAGGAAUUCAGAGGAAGUAUCCAGAAGAAUUUGCACUUCGGGAUCAAGAUAAAUACCUUUAUCGCUACCCUGGAGGAGAAUCUUACCAAGAUUUGGUCCAACGCUUGGAACCUGUGAUUAUGGAGCUGGAGCGCCAGGGCAAUGUUCUAGUUAUUUCUCAUCAAGCAGUUAUGAGAUGCUUACUGGCCUAUUUCCUUGAUAAGAGUGCAGAUGAGCUGCCCUACCUGAGGUGCCCUCUUCAUACCAUCCUUAAACUCACACCAGUUGCUUAUGGCUGUAAAUUGGAAAUGAUUUCCCUGAAUGUGGAAGCUGUGGACACACACCGGGACAAGCCACCCACAACAAACAACCUUCCCAAGAGCCAAACCCCUGUAAGGAUGAGAAGGAACAGCUUUACACCACUAGCCAGUCCGGACACAUUAAAACGUCCUCGCAAUUACAGUGUUGGGAGCCAGCCUCUCAAUCCGGCAGGGUCUCUUCUGUUCCGGGAGGCUCAAGACGGGGCUGAUCAACAAAAGCUGCAAGACAGCGUUCAGCUUCAAGUGGGAAGUGCUUGCCUGGAGAAAUCAGACGCAAUCAUCUUUGAGCCCCUGGUCUCGCUACCACCAAGUGAUAUUGUCCCGUGAAGGAAGCAUUUGCUGCAAACCUGCACAGAAUGGCCAGUUUCUUAAAUUUCCUUCCCCUUUCAUUCCUUCCCCUAUCCUGGUCUGCAUUCCCCUUUGCAGCAUUACUAAAUGUAACUGUGGCAAGUCUCUCUUUGAUAUCUUAGCUUUUUCCAUUUUGUGUGUUGACCUUACCUGUGUUAAUAUUUGUAAAUCUGUGGUUAUUUUUGUAACAUUCCCCAAUAGCUGUGAUUGUCCUGUACAAUUGUGUGUGUGGAAGAGAGAGAGAGAGAGAGAGAGGUUGUGUAUUUCUGUGUGUGGUAUUUUUGCUGUGUGGAGUUAGAUUUCUGCCCUGCAUGUAAUGGUGAUUGUGACAGCUGCCUUGCAACACAUGUGGGAGUCACUUUUCCUUGCCAUUUAUGGAAUGCAUUUUUUCCUAGAAACCACAAUCCAUUU